UAUUAAAGCCUUAGUAUUUGGAUUACGUACAGUAACCAGUAAUUUAUUUCCACAAGAAAUAGGCAAUAUUCUUUCAGGAAUAUUUAAUGUAAAAGUUGACAACAGUGAUGAAAUUGUUCAAUAUUUUCAAGAGAUAAUUGAUACAGUUGGUGUUGGAGUAAAAGAAAUCAUUGAUGAUACUAAUCCUGGUUUAAUUCCAUUGGAACAUGAUAGAGAAAGUAAUUGUCAGGUUUUAAAUGCUUCUGGAAUACGUGCUUUAGCAAGUUUUAUUAAAAGCAAACAAAAAUCUGAAAAUUUUGGAGGCUUGGUCCAAUGCAUAGAUAAAAAAAAUCAGAAUGUCAUAUGGUUAUGUGAUAAGCAUCGAAAUGAUAAUGAUUAUACACUUAAAGAUGAACCACAAUCUCCACGCUCUCCACAUUCAUCCAAUCUACUUUCUCGAAAUCCAACUCUUAUGCAUCUGCAUCAAGUGCCAUUUUCAUCACAACCUAUUUCAAGAUCAAAUUCUGGAGAAUCAUCAUUAGCUAUGGAUAUUAAUAACCCAGUUUCAUCAAUAAGUUUGGUUCAUGACAUUCUUCUAGAUGUUUUUAAUAAUGCAUCAUCAUCUGAAUGCAUUCAUUUUAGCACUGAUGAUAUUAAAAAAGAAACACUUGAUAUGCGUGAAAAUUUGACAAUUCUUGCACAAUUUUAUCAGAAUUGGCUUGAAGGCAAUCAAAAAAGGCUCUUAAAAACCAUACUAAAUAAAUAUAUUAUUGGUUAUGUCUAUUUUUUAACAGUGAUUUAUCGAUAUUGUUAUGUGAAAUCAACAAACAAACUUAUGAGUCGAACAUUUAAUUGUCUUAGUGAUCUAACUGUUGUUAAUAAAAUAAUUAAAGCAACCAAUGCAUUGAAUGAAUUUUAUUCUGGGUUAAUAAAAUGUUUGAAAACUAAUGAUCGAAAAGGCAUUGAACAAAAUUUAAACAAACUUGAUUCAAGUUCCAAGGCUUUAAAUAAAAUUUCUCGAUCUAAUAAACUAAUGAAGAAUAGUGCUUUAAAAGAAUGGUAUAUAAUUCGUACAACAUCUACAAUUUUUGAAGAUGACGGUGGAGAAAAUGAAUGUAAUGGGGAAAAUGAAUGUAAUGGAGAAAAUGAAUGUAAUGGAGAAAAUGAAUGUAAUGGAGAAAAUGAAUGUAAUGGAGAAAAUGAAAAUGAAUUCAUUUCAAAUACUUUGGAUACCAUCAGCAGUAUCUUUGUCCAUAAUUAUGAUGGCAAUAAUGAGGAUGGGGAAUAUAAAAAAAUCUUUAAUGAUAUUUUAGUGAUAAAAAAUAGAAGGUUAAAAGGAAAUAUUCCAGUUUUUGGAAAAGAGUUAGAUUCUAAAUGUUUCAAUGAAGAAGAUAAUGUAGAUUGCAUAGAGAAGGAAAUUUAUAUGUAUAGUGAACAACAUUUGAAUGACUCAGAUUAUAUUUUAAAAUUUCUAGGGUUCACUGUAGACAAAUUCAAACCAAUACUUCAUUAUGAAUAUGCUAACUAUGGAAAUUUGUACGAGUAUUUAAAAAACAACCAAAAUUUGCCUGAAAAUGAAAAACUGGCUUUAGAUGCCAAAAUAAGUUUGUCAUUAGAUAUAUGUUUUGGACUUGAAUUUCUACAUAAAAGACAUAUUCUGCAUUUAGACUUGAGAAGCAGCAAUAUAUAUCUGUUUAAAAAUAGAUUUGAGAGCGAAUUUAUAAAGCCAAAAAUUUCCAAUUUUUUAUACAGUGUAGAUACAUUGAAUAAGCACACAACUGUUAAACCAUGUUUACCAAAAAGUAUUGACAAUCAAGUCAGGAAAAGAUGGCAUGAACCACAACGUUUAAGAAAUGAAAAGCACAAUUGCACAUUUGAAUCUGAUUAUUAUAGUUUGGGGUUGUUACUUUGGGAAAUAUUUAAUGCAACAGGAGCUUUGCCAUAUGAGAAAAUAGAAAUUGAGAAUUUAUAUGAACAUUUGAGACAUAAAAAAGGGUUUGAAAGUUUGCCAAAAAAUUUACAUAAACCUCUGAUAUCUAAAAUAACUAAGUCAUGGGUGUAUAAUAUUGAUGAACGGACAACUUUAGCUGCUAUGAUUGCGACAUUAAGAGGAUUUAAUAAGAAAAAGAAAAAAAGAUCAAUCUCGCAAUCAACAAAAUCAGUUAAUACGAAUCAAUUAUACUUGACAAAAUCUGAAGAAGCAAUUCAAAAAUAUAGUGAAGAAAUUGAUAUCCAACCACAUGAUUGA